AUGCAAGCACAGAAGCUUUGUCUGGGCCUGGGGCAGGUCAGGGCCACCAUAAAAGCCAGCCCAACUCCUCGCUCUCUCAUCUACUUCUUUCUCAUCCUUCUCCUUGGGAACCAGGUGCACCUGCAGCUCAGAGACAUGUCCUGCUACAACCAGUGCGUGCCCUGCCAGCCCUGCGGCCCGACCCCACUGGCCAACAGCUGCAACGAGCCCUGUGUCAGGCAGUGCCAGAACUCCUCUGUCAUCAUCCAGCCCUCUCCUGUUGUGGUGGCCCUGCCCGGCCCCAUCCUCAGCUCCUUCCCUCAGAACACCGUGGUGGGCUCCUCCACCUCGGCUGCUGUUGGCAGCAUCCUCAGCUGUGAUGGAGUGCCCAUCACCUCUGGGUGCUGUGACCUCUCUGGCAUUUCCAGCCGCUACUAUGGCAGAAGGUGCCCCCCCUGCUAA